AUGAGGCAGCUCGCGUAUCCGUCCCUCCGCAACCUAAAGGAGGGGUUGUCAUCACACUCAGUGCGUAAAAAUGCGGUAGCCGAUGCCAAAAGAAAGAUUUUUGGAUAUGCUUGUGGCAUGCCUGGGGAAGAGCAGUGGGUGAAGCCCCUGCAAGGCCGACAAAUGAUGAAGUGGUACUGGCCAUCCAAGUAUAUGCUCCAGGAUGUCCAGAUGGCUCAAUAUUUUCAGAUGCAAGCCAUGCGAUUCGCCCCUCGGCCUGCCCAUGUGUCCCUGACAAAGUUGUCUGCCACGAUGGAAGAGUGCUGGCAGAAACGAGAUGCGGUCCGAGCGUUUUUUCGAAGUGUAGACGAAAAAGUUAUUCGCGAGAACCCGACGCUCCAAGACCUGUAUGGGUUGUAUCGGACGCUUUGCAUCGACGAUCCGCUCCAGUCUCCUAUUGACCCGGCGAUGUGGCGAAAUCCUGGAUUCACAUGGCAACACACUUCUGCCGACAAUCGUAAUGCGUUGAGCCCGACGAACAAGAAAGACCAGAGUGACCUAAGUGAUGAUACGGUGGCAGCAAGACGUUCCGAGGAAAAAGCUACAGAUAUGAGGCAACAUCCUCCGGCAAAUGUCAACAACGACGUGGCUGAUCUUCUUUUCUCCCGAACGGAGCAAUCCCAUGCGAUGCGCAAUGUGUGUGCGGCUUCACCACAAUUACAUGGUGGAAAGAGUAACCGAUUGCGUGAUCGCUUCCACAACGGAGCUCGUGAAGGCGAGACUGGCGAGGAGGGUUCACUGGAGGAGCCCAAGUCACUCGUUCUUGACACUGAAGCCCGUGGUAAAGCUGUAGCCCGGAGGCGGACCCAGGAGUGUUUGUUGGCUCUGUCAGCUUUGGCAGAAACUGGCGUGGGCCAAAGUGCUUCCGAAGGAAUGCAGCAGCCGGCGGUGCUCCGGAUAAAUGUGGGCCUCGGAGAUCGUGAAUCGGUGCAGGAUACCGCCGCCUUCAGGAGAAAGCAGGAACAAAGCCGACGCACACUGGAAGCUGCAUUAGACCGCGAUGAGCAGCUGGCGCGGUACCAUAGCGCGAAACAUCGGUUUUUUGACCCUUUGUUCAGAAGAAAGCGGUUGUCGUUUUUGGAUCGCUUUGCGCGCGAGCGCAUAAAGGGGGAGAAAGCUCGACAGCUAGGAGCACAGCUUUACGUCAAGCAUCCUGACCAGAAACCUGUGUGGCCAGACAACAAAGGUCUCCUCACGAGAAAGUGGCCCUCCCCUUUCCACUGA